CUAAAUUUUUUUUUUCACAGAAUGUAGUCAUACAACACAUUUUUAGAGACAGCUGCAUUCUGCAUGUGCAUUUUAUAAAAUAUUUUUAAUUUUGUUAGGCGAUACAAAAGUAAUGAAGGGUAAGCACUGCAGUAUAUCCUUUCCGUUACCUCGACGCAAGCAAGGCUUAAGGAAAAACUCGUUUACAACUGGCUGUACAAACAAACACCAUCCGGGCACAAGAAAGAACCUGGAUAGACAGAAACCCGUUCAAAAGAGAAAAUCCUCAAGAGUCGACGCUUUUCGGCAGAUAGUGACAAAAAAGCGCCAUUGUUGUUCUACAAAUGCAGAAAGAAGCAAACAUAAAUCGGGAAAAUUAGUAAAAAAGAAAUCACUCAAAAGCAACUCCAGGAAAAAUAGGAAAAAACAAUGGUCUGAACCCUUAAUUUCUUGCGAUACUCUUUCCAUUCCAAUCAUUACAAGAAGUAUGUCUCGAUAUUACGAUUCUUGGAAAGAAUGCCUAAAACGAGGAAGUGAGUGUGAUCUAAGCAGCAUCAAUUUCCCAACAUGCUUAUUUGGCACCGGCAUUGUCACUAGAGGAUUCUUCAAGAAAAUGGAAUACAAGUCUCGUCUGAAACCUCAAUCGAAUCCCAAGCAGACAUCCGCUGUCCAUAAGUGGUUUUCCCGAAGUGAUCCCGUAGAAUCUUCACUAGUUUCCACAGAAUUGAAACCCCAUCGGAGUUUUCUUGCCUUGCCGCGUCCUAGAAAGUCUUAUUUCGCACCUUCACUGAUGUCUAUGAAUCGAAAAUAUCAGUUGAGGAAGCAGCUUCUCAGUUAUGUCAGCUAUACUUUGGGUUUUGAUUUACAAGCUGAUAUUAACAAAUCUGUCUGCGAUUCCGAAGGAUUUUGUGAAUCUGUUUCGAAGAAAGAACAAAGCCCUGUAUCGAGGACAAAUCCAAUGAAACUGCAAGAAAUAUUUAAUGAUGAAAAGGAGUGUGCGAAUGCUUUGCGUGAGGAAAAUAACGAGAAUACCAUAAAAAAUGAUAGUCCGAAGGACAAGGAAAUCAAGAAACAUGCAUCAGUUCAAGUUGAUUUACUGAAUCAAGGUGAAAUAUGCCAGAACGAAUACCAACACGAAAAUAGUUCAAAACGAAUAAAAGAAAAAUUUUUUGACACAUUUCCAGAUUAUGAAAGUUUCCAUGAUUACUGCGUGGAUCCUUACGUUUAUUAUUGCAAGAGCGAAGAUUACGAUUAUGAAUUUCCAAAGAUUGACCAUAGUGAAAUGACAGAGCUUCAGACUUCCCAGGUUAAAGAUAAUUCAGUGAAAAUGGGGCCUGAAACAUUUUCAUCAUUGAAUUCUUUAUAUACCGAGAAAAAUUUGCAAAAGACUUCCAGCUUUAAACCUCAAACAACUGUAAGUACUGAACGUUUAAAAUCAGUUGGGUUUAAGCCAGACUUCUUGCACAACAAAUCAAUCAACAGUUCUCUUCCUUUAACAUUCUGCAAAAAUGUUAAUUCUCUGGCUGACAAGGUCCUUCAUGAUUUGGCAGCUGUUACAAAGUUGCAUAGUUAUGCAGAUCAUGAACAGACUGUUCCUGAUAAAAGGCAGAGCGAUCAGCAGAUGAAAACACAAAAUGAAAAAGAGUGCAUUAACAGAACCUCGGAUUCGAAAUCUUUAGAAACAGCGGUAGUAAACAAUAUAUCCAAUCAAAGUUGUGACUUAUGUUUUAAAGCUAUGGAAUUUUGUAAAUGCAGAGUAAAGAAGAGUUGCAAUGACGAUAAAUUCUCAAGAAACAUGCUGAGCAAUACGAAAGACACGAUAUCGAGCGAAGCAGAGGAAAUCUUCUAUCACCAAAAUCUAAAUGCAUAUCGAAACGGUCGACUGCAUACAAGAAAUAAUUCUAUUAAUAACAGAGUAGCUUGCGAUGAAAGCAGCAGAAGUACCGAGGUCCAAGAGAAUGUUGAAGUUUAUAAACGAAAUCUACCUGGUGAUCAACAAGAAAUAAAACCAAACGAGGUGAGUAUAAACUCUCACACAAUUUGGAGUAGUUUCGGACCAACUCAGAACAAUCAAAACUAUCACAGACCAAAUGCAUUCAUAAAUGAAAGAAUAGAGGAAAUUCAAAAUGCAGAAUUAUUUUCUCCUUUGCAGUCAUUUUCUUGUUUUGGUCAUAGCUUGAAUCCUAGAAGUGUAUAUGCUGUGAGGUCAGAAGGAAAUAUCGCACAAAGAAUGCUAUUUAAAUGUAGAGGUUUUUUGAAAUGCAUGUAAUUAAAUUAUUUUAGUUUUUAUGCAUGAAUAGCUAUUUUUUGCAUAAAAAUAUUCUGCUUUCUAUUUUCCUUUAGCAAGUUCUAAUAGUUGUAAUCUAAUUUUUCAGUUACGCAAAC